AUGUUUUUAAGAAGUUUAGCUAAUGUAAGGUUGUUCCACACAACUAGCAGUUUGUUGCGUUCCAGCCCCGACAAAAUUGCUUCGCGAGUGUUGAGGAGAUCCAGACAAGUGAAAAGACCCAAGACUCUGGAAUCUUCACUUCUCACCCGCUUAAGGCCAGUGACGGCGAUCACGACCGCGGAAUCGUACGACUUAAGUAGAACUGUUGAAUUGCUAAGUAAGAAAGGAUACCAACCGGCAACAUUGAUACCGAAUGAGAUAAUCAGCUUCAAGUAUUUGCACGACGGAUUCAGAGGCGACAUAAUGGUUUUGGCGCAGAAUGGGUCUGUGGUGUCGUGGGGUUUUAACGAGAGUGUCUUGCGCGAUGAGAUUCUUCCUCUAGUAGCGGAAGCGCGAGUAAACUCCUUGCAAGAGGUGCAGUUUGAAAGCGAAGACUUGGACUAUGUAGAGUUGGAGGACAAAGAAGAUAUAAGUAAAUUGAAACAAAACUAUUCGUUAGGUGAUGAGAGUAGCAUGGAAAAUGAGGUAAUUAUAAUCAACGGAGUUGAGCCAGAAAGUGGGCUAUUGGAUAAAGCAGCGUUUUCCAGCGGUAUUUCAAGAAGCACAAGACUAGCUGUUUUAGAAGUGGCAUUGGAUUCACAUAUUGAGAAAACAAGAGAAUUUACAGAGUCCCUCUCUCGUGGUAAAAAACUCAAUAUCAGCGAAAAGGCAGUACUUCAAUCGACCGGAAGACUCUUUUUGAUGAGAGGGAAAUUAAAUCUCUAUAGCGAAUUGAUUGAAACACCAGAUCUCUACUGGAGUGAACCCCAAUUGGAAAAGCUCUAUCGUCAGAUUUCAAGAAACUUGGACAUUCAACCGCGUAUCAGCAUAUUGAAUAAAAAACUUGAUUAUGCGACUGAUGAGGCAAGAGCCUUGAUGGCUGUAUUGAAUGAAAAAAAGGGAACCCGUCUAGAAUGGAUUAUAAUCUAUUUGAUCACCGUAGAAGUAUGUUUUGAAUUGUACCACUUUUACGAAAAGUAUCAAGAGAUCUUCAAGAGCAAAAAGGAGUCCGAAUUGGAACGGGUAUAA